AUGAAGGUAGGGAACGACAUGUUUACUGUUGAAACGACAGCAUUGAAUACAUUCUCGAAUGUGAUUGGUUUAGGCCAUGCCUAUAUUCGAAGCCACACAAACGCUAGGGAAGAUAUGCAGCCGGGGCAGAGGGCUUCUAGAGUUGGGCGAAAUGAAAUAGAAAGAGGACGAAGAAUGCAGAUGAAAGCUCAUUUUUCAAGGCUUGCCUCUCUCAUACCUACCAAAGAGAGACUGGCAUUACCUUCGUUGUUGGAUCAAUCCACUUCUUACAUAAGGCAACUGAAACAGCGCUUGGAAGAACUAAGGAAAAGAAGGGAAAAACUCCAAGGUGAUAGAGCUGUCAUUGAAGAACAGAGGGAUGGCUUGAUGUUACCAGUACUUGCAAUUAGAGAGGUGGGUUCAGCUUUGGAGAUAAAUUUGAUAACUGGGGUGAAUCAGAACUGCCUAUUGUAUGAAAUUUUCAGUGUUCUUCGUGAAGAAGGUGCUGAAGUUCUGACUGCUAGCUGCUCAACUGUGGGUUCAAGGACAUUCUAUUCCAUUUAUUCACAGGCUUUGUAUUCAAGAAUUGGCAUAGAGACUUCAACAAUAAGUGAAAGAUUGCAGGAUUUGGUGCAACCUGUCGCUCGUCAAUUCAUUUGUUGA